AGAACACCGUAGCCGCGGCGGAAACCGCGACUGUCCUAGCCGGGACCACUGGCUGCGAACACCUUCAAGCGCCGGCUCGACUGCGUGCGUUAGUCUGCGGAGAUCUGCACCGCUGACCUGAAGGAUUUCGAGGAAGUGUGACUGCGCAGUGGCGGUCCUGAGGAAGGUUAAGCCUUUUGCAAUACGGGAACAGAGGCUCUAUAGCCUUGCCAAGAAGCGCUCAACUGGCUGUGAUCUGAAGGAUACGUUCCUGGAGUAAACGGUUGCCAUGGGUCCAGAUCUCCUCUGGCGAAGACGUUUCCUCGUCAUCUUGAUGGUCGUCGCGGCUCGGGCGGAGGCGGCGGCGCAAGAGGAAGCCGAGGUCGAGUACCGGGGCCCGACCACCGUGUCCCAGGGCUCAGAGCUGCGCGUCGAGUGCCUGCUGCCCGCGCACCGGUUUGCCAGCUGGCGCAAGGACCGCGCCGAGGCGCCGCCCCUGGUGCCGGACCCGUGGAACCGGUUCGACAUCGAGCACGGUCCGCGCGACCCGCGCAUGGGGCGCAUCAGCUCCACCCUGACCGUGCUCGGGGCACAGGGAAACCACACCGGCUUCUACUACUGCACCAGCUUCAGCCCGCUGUACCACAGCGUCAUGGUCCUGCCGCGAGGCUACGUCCACGACAGCACGGGACGCGUGAGUGCCGGCGCCUGCUAUCCGCUGGAGGAAGGCAAGCGCCUGGUGCUGGACUGCGACGGCCUGUCCAAGCGCUCGGACCGGUUCCCGUUCACCUGGAUGAAGAACAACCGGCGCUUCCUGCCUUCGAGCAACGGGGAGGUGCGGCUCGAGCAGACACGCCUCAUCAUCGAGAAGGCGCGCCGAGAGGACGCCGGCGUGUACAUGUGCUCGGACAUGAUGUCCACCGGAUACGGGCAGUCCACCACAGGCCGGGUGCUGCACGUGGCCACCCCCGUGGACCUGGUGCCGUUCAGCCCGCGGCUGGUGGUGCGCUACGGGAGCACGCUGCGGCUGCGCUGCAACGCGUCGGCCGUGCCCCGACCCGAGGUGUCGUGGUGGAAGGACGGCGAGCCGCUGCCGGGCGGCGGCCGCGUGCGCCUGCUGCACGGCCCGCCGCCGGACAGCCUGCCGCUGGCGCAGCUCGAGGUCAGCUUCAUGGGGGACGAGGACGAGGCGGUGUACGCCUGCAAGGCGUCGCACCCGGCCUGCGAGCUGAGCGCCACCACCGCCACCAGGGUGUUCGUCAGGAUGAAUGCUAUCCAAACCAAUGAGGAAAUUCCAGGGAAAGGCAUAAUUCUCGACGUAAGAUCACAUACGCUAGUUUUACAGUGCAACUCCACCGAGGACCCCAGCAAGGAAAUCUAUUGGUCCAAGAAUGGCACCGUGCUUUCGAAUGGAAAUAAGUACAUCAUCAACAGCGAUUCCCACAGCCUGGAAGUCAAGGAUCCAGGAUACCUAGACACUGGAAACUACACAUGCACUGUUAAUGGCACUGAUGAGAAAGCCACAAUUGUUGUUCAGACCAACGUGUCCAUUGAGUACGCAGAAAGCUCCAAGAACCAAGUGGAAGGAGACCCACUCACCCUGUCUUGCAAGGCAUCUGGUGUACCAAUACCUGUUGUCACCUGGUUCAAGGAUGACGAACCUCUGAACAUCUCGGACCCACGUGUCACUCUGGAGCCGAUCAACAAUGUGUCCGAUGCCAAGCUUGUAAUUCAGGACCUCAACUUUGAUGACAGGGCCCAGUACACUUGUGUUGCCAGCAAUGGUAUCAGCAAUGAGACCAUGACAGUUUUGGUUCGUGUCAAGGACAAGUUGGCUGCUCUGUGGCCCUUCCUUGGCAUCUGUGUCGAGGUGGCUGUGCUAUGCGCCAUUAUCUUUAUCUACGAGAAGAAGCGUGUGAAGCCCGACUUCGAGGAAUCUGACACUGACCAGAAUCCUGAAAACAAAAACCUGUCAGAUCAGAAGGAAGGCCAGGACAUACGGCAAAGGAAGUGAACAGCCGGCGCAAAACAGCUGCAGGAUGGCUCAAGGAUGGCCGUUGGCCGGCUUUUCCUCUCUUCUGCCAGCAUCUCACCACCUUCUCUUUGUGGUCGCUGAUACAGCCAUCCCAGUCUUAUUCCCACAUCAUGAACCGCAACUGUUGCCUGCCUCUUGCUAGCAGGGCUUUGCUUGCAAAAAGUGACAAACAGCUGAACGUGGAAAGGUAGCCAACAAGCUGUCAGAACAUUUAUGGAAGCUUCCACAGCAGAAGCCAGCAGAUGAUGGCAUUACCACCUCCUCUUUGUUGGCAAGUCCUCAAUAGCACAUAAGGAAAUGACUUUAUUAGUGUGUGAGAGCCCCUACCCUGCUAAAGCACCGUGCUUAGUGUGAUAGCGCCGAAACCUACCACCUUCUUCUUCAUUGCUCCCCAUCUGGCUAUGCAACUGCUGAAACCUGCUCUUGCAUAUUAAGUUUUUCAAAUAUGCACCAUUAACACAUUUCAUUCCUGUCUGUGAAGCGCACGGGAGACUUGGCCACAGCCAGGGUAAAGAACAAGUUCUGUUCAGUCUAUGUAGCAACCCUUUCUUCUGUGGCCCCCGUUUUUCCCUCGCAUGCUUCACUGUAUUUUACUAGUUAUUUCUUCUGUUACCUUUUAGCAAUUUAUUAAUUGGACCGUGAGGCUCGAUGGUACCAAGUCGCUGGCCCAAACAGUCAUAUAGGUAUUUCUUUUCUGUCUAUAAAGAAAAAUAUAUAUACAUAUAUAGGAUAUUAGCAGCUGGCUGCUGUUCAGCAGCACCCUCAGCGAUUUUUCUCUUUGCUGUUAUGAAAGGCAAAGCCUUUCUUUCGUUGACAUGUUCACAACACGUGGCUACUUUCUAGUUCACGCUAAUCAAGGCAAGGCAUUCUCUUCUUUGCAUUCUCUUUAUUUUAAAUUACACUUUGAUAAGUGUUUCGUAGAACAUAGCAUACACUACACAUGACAUAAGCAGUUCUUUUUACUGUACAUAUACAUACUAUCCACCAGUGCCCAUUUCUCUACGUUAUAUAGUUCUCUAAAAGAAGUGCAAUUAACUUUGUUAUUAUGUGAAGGUACAUUUGAAUAAAAAUGUUUCAUAAAAUG